UGUGACCAGAUGGCGAAUCUGAUCCUGCAGAGUCUGCUCGGUCACGGAGCUAACAGACUUUAACAUACCGUCUAACACAUCUUCAUAAACAUCUUUCCGUUUGCUAUGAUAAAUCUCCAAGAAAUCCUCCUGCUGUUUUGGAGUCCAAAAAUACCGGAUCAGCAAUUGUCUGGGGAAAAAAUACCUACGGAAACACAAAACUGGAACAUGCCAGCCAAUGAUUGCCAGAAAAAAGAGGGCUUAUCUACAGGGAGGAGCCACCCCACUAGUGAAAUAGGGGCUGAGUAUCAAAGUCAGAGGAUGGAGAACCUACCCGAGAGCAAGACCAUGGGAGGAAAAAAGUCUGCAUCCCCUCCAUGUGAACUCGUUAAUGUUGCCUCUUCAAAAGAAAGCGAGUUACCUGUAACAAGUGCCACCAUGUCUGACCAGAAUUACCAAAAUUUAGACGAAAGUGAAUCAGCAGACUUUGGAUCUAAAACAGACAUCUCAGAUGGCAUUAUCGAGCCAGUCAUCCAGGGUGAACCAUUUGCAACCUAUUUUGAUGAGAAGAUACCCAUCCCAGAAGAUGAGGUGUACUCUUGGUUCAGUUUCCGGAAGCUGUGGGCCUUCACCGGACCGGGCUUCUUGAUGAGCAUUGCCUAUCUGGAUCCAGGAAACAUUGAAUCUGAUUUACAGUCUGGCUCUGUAGCUAACUUCAAGCUACUGUGGGUUCUUCUGUUUGCCACCAUUAUUGGCCUCCUUCUGCAGCGUCUGGCAGCUAGGUUAGGAGUAGUGACCGGACUUCACUUAGCAGAAGUAUGCAACAGGCAGUAUCCAAAGGCUCCCCGCAUACUCUUAUGGCUUAUGGUGGAGCUAGCUAUCAUUGGAUCAGAUAUGCAAGAGGUCAUUGGUUCAGCUAUUGCUAUCAACCUUCUGUCUGUGGGAAUAAUUCCAUUGUGGGGAGGAGUGUUGAUUACAAUUGCAGACACGUUUUUCUUCCUCUUCCUGGAUAAGUAUGGUUUGCGGAAAUUGGAAGCGUUGUUUGGGAUACUGAUUACAAUAAUGGCAAUAACGUUUGGCUACGAGUAUGUGCGUGUCAGUCCCGAUCAAGGAAAACUUCUUAAGGGCAUGUUUUUUCCUUACUGUGAUGGCUGUGGAACCCCUCAACUUGAACAAGCAGUGGGAAUAGUGGGAGCUGUCAUUAUGCCUCACAAUAUGUACUUACAUUCAGCCUUGGUCAAGUCCAGAGAAAUAAAUCGUUCUAACAAGAAAGAAGUGAGAGAGGCCAACAAAUAUUUCUUCAUCGAGUCCAGCGUAGCCUUAUUUGUGUCUUUCCUCAUCAACGUCUUUGUGGUGGCAGUGUUUGCUGAGGCCUUCUAUGGGAAAACCAAUGCAGAAGUGUUUACCGAGUGCUUUAACCAGACCACUGGUGGCCAAAGUUAUUUAUUUCCCAACAACACAGAUACUUUGAAAGUGGACAUUUACAAGGGGGGUGUCAUUCUAGGCUGCUAUUUUGGACCUGCUGCUCUUUAUAUUUGGGCAGUGGGGAUAUUGGCUGCAGGUCAAAGUUCAACUAUGACUGGCACUUACUCUGGACAGUUUGUUAUGGAGGGUUUCCUUAACUUGAAGUGGUCACGAUUUGCCAGGGUGAUCCUUACUCGAUCUAUUGCAAUUACUCCCACUUUGCUUGUUGCCAUUUUUCAAGAUGUUGAGCACCUAACAGGGAUGAAUGAUUUCCUCAAUGUGCUUCAGAGUCUACAGCUUCCAUUCGCUUUGAUACCAGUCCUGACCUUCACCAGUCUUCGGCCUGUGAUGAAUGACUUUGCGAAUGGACUGGGAUGGAAGAUUGCUGGCGGUAUCCUCAUACUAUUAGUAUGCUGCAUAAACAUGUACUUUGUGAUAGUGUACGUGUCUUCUCUUGGUCAUGUGGGAUUUUAUGUAGGAGCAGCUAUCUUGUCCGUUGCCUAUCUAUGCUUUGUAGGAUAUCUGACAUGGCAAUGUUUGGUUGCUUUGGGCGUGAAGUUCCUCGAAUGCGGUCAGACGUUCAAUCUGGGGUUGACCACCUAUCCUGAGCUUUUCCUCUUGAAUAAUAUGGAGAAAGAAGACUUGCCCUCUCCCCGAUGAUGAUGGCAAUCACAUGGCACACUCAAGCCUGCUCUCAAC